GUGUUGCUAUAAAUAGAAAUCUAACAAAAACCAAACAUAUAUACAAGAGAUCCUAUAAAUUCGUCCCAAUAACAUGUCAACCACAAAACAUUUCACGUUAAAAAUAUUAGUGGUUUGUUUAUCUUAUACACAAAGUUAAAUGGCAAUAAAUGAAAAUUAAGACCUCAUUUGUUCUUAUUGCAAUAAGGUAUUAGACUCCCUUUUUCCUCUUAAUUAUUCAUGUUUGAGAACUCAAUGAUUCUUCAGAUGGUUUUAUAAUUUUCAAAGUAGACGUCUCGUAUGAUCUUUGUAAUCCUUUUCAAAAAAUCGUGUUUGUAUCAUUAAGGCCAAUAUGUACUUGAUUAGGAGGUUGUAUGCAUGUUUUCCUAUAAAUAUGUGAAUGUUAUCUUGUCUGAUGUUUUUUCUCCUUUAUACCUCUAAUAUUGUGAGCAUGUUAUGUGCUAAUUUGCAGGGUCCUUGUUUCUAAAUAUAUAUCGAUUUGUUUUACUUGGUAACGGGAGGCUUUGUGAGCGGACUACGAUAAUGGCCAAUCAACCUAACUCAAGUGGGGCGGGUGGUAGUGGUAAUCCCCCAUCAUCGACACAACCUUCACCAGGGGGAUAUCCUCCACCCGGAGAACAUCCUGCACAAGGGUAUCCACCCGGAGGAAAUCCUCCAUCAUCUGGGCAACCUUCACCUGGCGGAUAUCCUCCACCCGGAGAACAUUCUCCACACGGAUAUCCACCUGGGGGAUACCCUAAACACGGAGAACAUCCUCCACAAGGAGGGUAUCCACCGCCCGGAGAACAUCCUUCACAAGGAUAUCCACCAACCGGAUAUCCUCCGCAAGAUUACUCACCACAAGGGUAUCCACAAGGAUAUCCUCCCCACCAAGGGUAUCCUCCUCAACAAGGGUAUCCACCACAAGGAUAUCCUCCUCAACAAGGUUAUCCUCCACAUGGAUAUCCUCAACAAGGCUACUCGCCUUAUGGGUAUCCCCAAGGAGGUCAUCCUGGUGCUUAUCCACCUGCAGGUUAUCCUGGUGCCCCUUCUGCGGGUGGAUACCCACCAGCAGGCUAUCCUCAUAGUGGAUAUCCUCAAGGUGCUCCUCCCGGUCAACAUGGAGGCACUCCUUCCGGUCAACAUGGAGCACAAAAAGGAGACAAGCUCCCCGGUGGCGUAAUGGGAGUGCUUGCUGGUGGAGCGGCAGCAUACAUGGCUCAUGGUCAUUAUGGGCAUGGUGGUCAUGGUCAUGGUUAUGGCCAUGGAAAAUUUAAGCAUGGAAAACACCAUCAUGGAAAAUACAAGCGUGGGAAGUUUGGUAAGCACAAGGGUCAUGGAAAAUUCAAGCUCUGGAAGUAAAUUAUGGAAAAUCUUGGAUAUGGUGAAAUUCUAUACAUGACAUGAGUUACGUAAAUUAGCAUAGACACGCAUAUUUUCUUUUGAUUUAUAAGCUUAUUUUUUCAUAUUAUCAUUGUAUAUAAACCGACUACAUGUUGUGAAAUAUUCGAUGAUAAAGAAUGCAA